AGCUGAGCAGAAAGUCAUCUGUCGCAUUCACAUUUCGGUUCUGCACCGGUCGAUUUUUUCACGAUUUUUCGUUUAAAUCGUCCGAUAAAAUGAGGCACCUCCGUCUCCGGUUGGUUCAUCUAGUCUAUCUUUUAUUUGCUGUGCCGGAAUUUUGUUUUGCCAAUGAAGUGUUUGGCUGUGGAGGCUUUAUCAAAAAUGCCAACUCGGACCUGGAUUUCAGCAAGGUGGAAGUAGGACUGUACAAUCAGCAGGGUAGCCUUAAAAUCAAAACGGAUUGCUCACCGUCCAACGGGUACUAUUUCAUUCCGCUGUACGACAAAGGGCAGUACGUGCUGAAAGUGAUUCCUCCGCCGGGAUGGAGUUUCGAACCGGAAGAAGUGGCAAUCAAAUUUGACGGAACCACCGAUAUCUGCAGUCAGGGGAAGGAUGUUAACUUUCUGUUCAAAGGUUUUGGGAUCACCGGAAAGGUUGAAAUGUACCGGCAAUCGGUCGGAGCCAAGGGAGUUCAAGUGGAAUUGAGAUCCGAAAGUAAUACUAAAAUUGGACAGACAUUCACCGACAGCAAUGGUAUAUUUUCUUUCACCCCGAUUAAGUCGGGGAAAUAUGUCAUUAAAGUGAAGCACGAUAAGUGGCAUUUUGUACAAUCGGAAUACGGCGUAACGGUGACUACUGGUAAUACGGAAAUCCCUUCCAAGUCUUUAGUCGUAGCCGGAUUCCAGGUGGAAGGCGGUGUAGUCAGCGAUGGGCAACCUUUCGGGAAUGUAGGAUUCCUACUGUAUGCCGAGAAAGGUGCUGAUUCGAUGGUAAAAUGUCCAACGGAAAGUAACUUGAAGGUAACGGGAACGGACCCAAGAUUUGAUAGCGCACCUCGGUGCUAUGUAGAAGCUAAUAAAGCCACGGGCAAGUUUACUUUUCCUAGUGUUUCUACUGGAAAAUAUCGUGUGGUACCACAUUUCACUAGCAAAGAUAUUCAAUUUCACAUCCGACCGGAAGCCAUGGAGUUUACGGUAGGACGGGACAGUGUGGAUUUGUCCGAGAGUUUCGAGGUCACAGGAUUCAGUGUCAGCGGAAAGGUCCUGCUCGCUAGCAGCGGCCCAGGGGUAGCCAGUGCAAAGGUGAAACUCAACGGGCGAGAAAUUGCCACAACCGGAAGCGAUGGCAAAUAUUUGCUCGAUAAUAUCCAAGCGGGAACCUACACCAUUCAGGUGUCGGCCGAUGAUUUACAAUUCAAAGAUCAUAUCGUAAAAAUUUCGCUAAGCAAACCGGCCUUGCCGGAUAUAGUGGUAGCUGGGUUUAAAGUGUGUGGUCAAGUGAUUUCUCAACAAUCUCAUCGGGUUUCUAUCGUUAGGAAAGCUCCAACGUUUCAGGUGGAAAUCCCAACAAAACCAAAUGCCGGAGGCGAAUGGUGCACGUAUCUUGAAAGUGGCCAGUACACGGCACGGGUUGUAACAAGCGAACAGGAACAUGCCGCCGGUAUUCAAUUUUUCCCGUUGACACAAUCUAUCAGCGUUGAUCGAUCACCAUUGGGUGGAAUAAUUUUCUCUCAGCUGCGGGCUACAGUCGAAGGGGAAAUCCACUGCCUAGAUGAUGCUGCUGGUAGUGACUGUUCGCAGGACAUAUCGGUGACGUUAACAGCGCUCGAUUCUAACGGACAUCCAAUUGGUCACCCAUUGAAAACCGACUCCAAAGCUGGUCGGUAUUCGUUUAGUAAUGUUCUUCCCGGAAACUACGAAGUGACUGUCCCAAAGACUAAAAUUUGCUGGCAGUCGAGUUCGCUUAAGAUCAACGUAAAGUCAGCUCAGGAAACUGUGCCGAAAUUUGUUCAGAGUGGAUACGUAGUUUCCAUAAUGGCCAGUCAUAGUACGAAAAUGAACUACAAACAAGAAGGUGUGGAAAAUGCCAAAUUACAAGAUAUUGCAUUGAACCCUGGGUUGAACACAUUCUGUGUGAACGCAGCCGGAAGCUACGCCAUCAACCUGGUUGGGUGCCACAAAUACGAUGAUAACGUUGCUAAAUCGUUUACAACGGCGGAUCCAACUUCACUGACCAUAACGGCAGUGAAGCAUCUGAAUACGGUUAAAAUAUUGGCCGAAGAGAAGCACACCUAUUCGACCAAGGUCUCCAUAGGAAGCUCAAUUAAAACGAUUGACUUUAUUCCAACCGACGAGAUGUUGAAUAACCGGCACGUUUACAAGUACGAUUUUUACCUGGAAUCAGGAGAAAACAUCCACUUGACGCCGUUGAGCGACAUCAUGCUGUUCAGUCCGGUUUGGUUGGAAGUCACUGGUGGACCGGAUUGCACCGAGGUGCCAACGAAAAUCAUUGCCAAUAAAGGUCUUCUGAUCAACGGCAAAACUAAUCCUUCCAUUAGAGAUGCCAAGAUUACGCUACUGUUUCCGAAAAACUCGGAACUCACACCGUUGGUAACGAUGACCAACGCCGCAGGAGAAUUCAAGUUUGGACCGAUCGAUGCUAGUCUGACGGUUGAACUAUCGGCGGAGAAAGAAUCGUACGUGUUUUCCAGCUUCGACAAAGCGACCAACACCUUCAGUGGUCAUAAAUUGUGUGAGAUUAUUGUCACGGUCCGGGAUGAUGCCGGUAAACGGCUUCCGGGAGUGUUGUUGUCUUUAUCUGGCGCGGAAAGUUAUCGAAAGAAUUUAAUUACGGGCGAAGAUGGCACCAUCAAAUUCCACUCGCUGUCCCCAAGCGAAUACUACUUGCGGGCAAUGAUGAAGGAGUACGACUUCAAGCCCAAUUCUAAAUUGAUCGAGGUACAAGAAGGUGCCACGGUUACGGAAGAAUUGAGAGCAACUCGCACGGCUUUCUCCAUUUUCGGAUCAAUUACAUCGCUCAACGGAGAACCGUUUGCGAAUGUUGCGGUAGAAGCCGUGACGGACGAUCGCUGCGGAAAUCAUCUGGAAGAAGGUACCAGCGAGUUCAAUGGUCAGUACCGGAUCCGUGGUUUACAGCCCGGCUGUCAGUAUCGCGUUCACGUACGAACGAACGCACCCAAUUCGAACGUGGAUCGUUCCAUUCCGAAGGAAAAGAUUAUCACCAUCGAGAAGGGUGACAUUCGUGACGUCAACAUGAUUGCCAUCAGUCCACUGACGUUCGUAGAUGUGACCGUUCGAGUACGGGCAUCGGAAAACGACUACUACAAAACACUGAAAAUCUUUCUGUACAAAACGGGCAGUGAUUCGCCGGUUCACUCGCAGCGCAUCGAGUCGCCGCUGAACCCGAAAAGCAAAAUCAAUCCGGGAAUAAUGGUGUUCUUCCCGCGUAUUCCAUUUGACGGCAAAACGUACUACCUCGAACUAACUACGAGCCUGUCGGAGAAAAACUACCGAUACAAUCUUCCAACGGUUCAGUUCAGCGCCAACAGUAGCAGCUACUUCACCGAAAUGCACUUCCGUCCGGAGCUCCGUACGGCCGAGAACGAUCUCAACCAAAACUCACUGUCGGCCAUCAUUCUCAUCUUCAUCGUGGGCUUCAUUUUCUUCAAACAGGACCUUGCCCUGGAACUACUCGGUAUGGUUUGGAGUAAGGUUGGUGCCGGUAUCGGGGAAAUCGUUAGCCGAUCCAAACCGAAGGAACAAAAGUACGAACCGGGGGCGAUCGAUGAAAAAGAGAUCGACAAACUUGCUUCCAGCAUCAAUGCAAUCAAGAAGAAAAAGGUGAAGAAGGCCAAUUGAGCAGCCACCGGCCGGGAACUGAACUCAAUAAUUUUACGGGCGGUAAAAGCUACGGAAAUUGAAACUUAUAGUCACAAUAGAUAAGAGGUGAAAUAAAUUUGCUAAGUUAGUUUACCCUGGAAAA